GGGGGGGGGGGGAUCGUUUGAGCGCCCCUGCCCUCCGCAUCCAGCCGCUCCACAGCUCUGUUGCGCCACUUUCACCAUGGCUUUAGUCGCAAGAAGGACGCUCAUUGCGCUAUUCGUCACGUUUUGCGCUUCUCGAUGCGGAUGGGCAGACAAGCCUCUACGGCCUCAAAAUGGGAAACAGACAGCUGUGAACAAGGUCUUAAGGGAGACCUGGCAGCCUUCGAUCCAUCUGGACGGAAGACCCGUGGACGGCUUCGCCAUGAGCUCCAGCAAACCCACCCGUUCCCACCGCUUCACGAAAGUGAGCAAGGACAGCCGCUCGCAUCUACUGGAGGACGUUGAUCCAGAAUUAAUUAAACUGGAUGGCUUUGCUGUGUUGGUAAAUACACCCGUCAGCAACACAUCAGCAGGGUUGUUGAAGUCCUCUCAAACCACAGCCAGAAAUCGCUCUAGUGCAUGGAGAACAAGGAGGGUGGACAGAACAGCUCACCCUGCUGGUGCGACCUUCACCAGGACUCACAGGAGAGCACCACAGUCCUCAUCUGGUCCUAGGCAGCCGGAGAGAGCUGUGGAAGGAGCUCCGCCUCUAGAGAGAAGACGUCAACACCAAACCAAACCUCAGGCUGACCAGAGAAACCGAUACACACCAAAAAUCUCGUCUGAGUCCGUUCAUGUGGUGUCACUGCAGGCACAGAAGGCCCAGGGCCAGAGCGCACCCUCCAACCGAGCAGUCACCACCAAAACCCAAAUCCCAGAGCCACCUGAAUACGAAGCCCGGGACAUCAGUGUCAGGGUCAUGUCUCCAAAGUCUGUCCUGAUCUCCUGGGUUGACCCUGCUGUUGAGAUGGGAAAGGUUGACCCAGGGACAUCCAGAUCAUACACAGUUAAGUUCAGGGAAAAAGGCGAAUCAGCACGCUGGGAGUACAAAGAAAGCACCCAGAGGAGAAUGAUGAUCGACACCCUGUCUGCUGACGGCAUGUACGAGUUCUCCAUCAGAAUUUCUCAGGGAGAAAAACACAGCAAGUGGAGCGUCUCAGUAUUUCAGAGGACUCCUGAGUCGGCACCAUCUGGACCACCUGAAAAUUUCGAGGUCAAGCCAUUACGAGGAAAGGGAACUGCUGUCACUGCAACUUGGGAUCCUCCAGAGGAACCAAAUGGCCGAAUAAGAGAAUACAUCUUGUCUUAUGCCCCUGCUAUGAGACCAUUUGGAAUGAAAAGUGUCACAUACCGUGGCAGCACCACUACAGCCACCAUAGAUGGCCUAACCCAAGGAGAACGUUAUAUUUUCAAAAUAAGAGCCACUAACAGGAGAGGGAUGGGACCACAAAGCAAGGCAUUCAGCGUUGCCAUGCCACAAGCCAACAGAGCUGCCUCUUCCUUUUCAAAGUCCAAGGACACCCAGAGGACCAGCCACCCUUCUUCCAAGCAAGAUACUGAUAAUCCCAACUUUCAGUCAAAAGAAAAACCAGAGGAACCAACCACAACCCCUAAGUCACACCACGCUUCAGAUGCCAGCAGGCGUGCACGUCCACUUUCACAGACACGUUCCUAUCACAGCAUCUUCUCUUCUGUCCGAGGCUCAGUCAGGAAUGGAGUGAACAGAGUCUCAACCAGACCAAGAGCAAAAGAAGACGAAGAACAGGAACAUGACAAAGUACCUACAACCCCACCUCCUGCAGAAGAGACAACCACAAUGGAAGUUGUACCAGAGCCGGAACAACUUGACAAUGAUGUCUCCCUUUUAUCCGAGGAUGAAGUUGAUUUUAUUAAAGAACCAUUGAGCACUGAAACCCCCAGCCUUAAAGUUUUCACACCCUCCCCAACCAAACCUGUGCUUCAAAGUCCUAAACGGCCAAACAGAAGGCCAGUAAAGAUCAGGGUCCAUCAAAAAGCUGGAUCCAAGGAUACUUCCUCUUCAUCCUCAUCAUCCCCGUCCACCACCUCAUCAUUCUCUUCCUCACAUACUCAAGAUGUAUCAGUGAGUAGAAAGGACCAUGUAGACGUUACAUAUCCCGAAACACGAAACAUCUACAAUCAGUCCAGCACAACACUAGUUAAAUCAUCUUCUACGGGUCAAAAAGACAUCAGUUCACAUAAGACAGGCGCUACACCGGUAGGUACAAGCUCAUCUUCAGCAGAAAGUAGCAGUAGUUCUGGUUCUAAAUAUGGUUUUGGCCGGAGGCAACCUGGAAUUUUGUUUAGAGGGAAUUUCACUCGAUUGCUUAAUGGCCUCAAACCGACUGUGAACACACAGUUUAAACCAAUCAGAACCCAAAGCCAAGUCACACUAAACACACUUAGUUCAGCCAAAUCUCAGUCCACCCUACCAGAAAGAACACAACACCGUGAAACAUCAGAUGGUUUAGAUCCAACAAGGUCACCUUCAAGAAGUUCUUUAGACAGUCAUGCAACAUCCGAUUCAAAUGAUUCAGACCAAUCACUGUCUGGGUCUCAUGGUACAAAAACGUCACUAGAUACUUCAUCUACUUCAUCUACUUCACAGAGCAGUACAAGCCACCGAUCGACUGUAGACACACAAGGUGCCUCUGAAUCAGCUCCACAAAGAACAUCUCACAGCUCAGCAACGUUACAUACCGCACAGAGCUCACAUGCAUCACUGGACGGAAGGGCAUCGUUCAGGGAGGGUAAUGGAGACAUGAUAUAUAAACAUGUAGAACACACAGAACCCAAACGUGAAGAGCAAAUUCUAAAUUCUAAAGCCCACGUCAAAGAGGAAGAUGAGGACAAAAGAAAAGUUGAAACCACUAAUAGAAAAACUAUAUCUUCUCGUACUAGAAUAAGCUCUUCGUUUGCUGAAAAAUUUCCCUGGCUGGCAAGUCGUUACCCGGGUAAAUUUAGCACGAGCACAAGGACAUCAACUACAAGGCAGAAUGGGAGGACCCCUUGGACCAAUAGGGUUUCAUCAUCUGUUGGGGCUGGUAGACCACUUUUGGUAGGGGCACCCACAAAAGUCCCAGGAGCUGCAGGUACUUCAGGAGUAUCUUUAAAGCAAGAAACCAAAGAAGACCUGAGGACUUCAUCCAAAUAUGACUCAUCGAAAAAUAGCGUUGGAGUGAGUACAGUUAUGCCUGCUUUAAACAAUCCAAGUACAGACACUAGUGACGCUAGGAAUCCUCCUACUUUUUCAUCUUCUGCAACUUCUACAUCUUUCAAGUCUGGCUCCAACCCACUUAGAGAACCUACUGGUGAUCCCAUCCACAAAGAAAUCUCAAAUAGUGGUGAUCAUAAUAAGGAAAAUCUCAGCACAAGGGUUAGAGAAGGGAAUGGAAAAAUUCCAGAUCACAAAGCAGCCCACACAAACUUUACAUCUACUUUAGUUGUCCACAGGAAUGGAGAUGAUGAGAAAGUGGACACAAGAGACAUUUCAUCCAGGACUUCUACAGGAGUCAAUUCAAGUCAGCGCCGCUUUGGCGUUGGGAUGAAUGGAAGGGUGCGCUCUUCCCUUCUCACCAACAGACAGUUUGGUGGCUCGAGGCUUCCUGUCAGACAGGUGCAGAACUCUCGACUGGGUGGUGCAACGUCAUCCUCCUUUGAUUCCUCUUCUUCUGUAAAUGUUCCCAAGCCAGUUUUAAACUCAGAGCAGGAUGCAAGUAGUAAUUCUAAAGCAACAAGGACAUGGGGUGGUAACUCCCAUGCAGCAUCAUCUACAUCUAGAGAUAGUUUGAGAACUCAAGGGACUAGGUCACGAUAUCCCAUCAUUAGAGGGAAACCAAACAACGGCGGAGGAUUCAAACCGAGCAACGGAAACGCUGGUAAAAUUGGACAGUCCAAUUUAACUGACAAAGAGACUACUUCGUCUCGUGGAACUAGCAAGGCCUCUGGGCAGAAGUUCAUCACUGGGCCUGACGGAUCCAAAUGGGUGAUCGACUUGGAGCGAGGAAUCCUCAUGAACCAGGAUGGGAAAGUUCUCCAAGACUCCCAAGGCAAGCCCAAGAGAGUGGUCCUCGGAGAAGAUGGACGCACCAUUUUUGACCACAUGGGUAGUCCCCUAGUAAGUCAGGAGGGCAUCGCUCUGUUUGGCCAUGGCAGAGAUAGUCAACCUGUGAUCAACCCAAAAGACAAGUUUCUCACAGUUGGGGGUAAACCUGUUCUUGGUUUGGACUUGCUUCGGCCAAGAACCUCCGUUGUUACCACCACAAAGGCUCCUACUACCACUGUUGAACCAACAACCAUUGAAUGGACAACGGAGGAGUUUACCACAGGGCUGCCGUACCCAACCUGUCCAUCCGGAACCUUCUCCAAAACAGAUGAAUACGGAUAUCCAAUUCUUGACCCAGAGGGAAUUCUGGACUGUUAUCCAGAAGAAGAAUCCUCAGGAAUGGAAAUGGACCACAUGCCUACAGUGUCGAUGGUGCCUGAUGCUUUAGCUCUUGAGAAAGAAGAAAUGUUUGUACAUACCACCUUGUUACCAACUACCACCACAACCACCACCACGACUACUUCUACCACCACAACGGUCCCAACUCCAGAGCCUCACAACCAAUCACCCAACAGAGGUCCGUCAUCCGAGUUUGAUCUCAGUGGGAAGAAGCGCUUCACAGCUCCGUAUGUGAACUACAUCCAGAAGGAUCCAGGUGCGCCCUGCUCCUUAACGGAGGCACUGGAGUUCCUUCAAGUUGACAUCCUGGGAGACGUCAUAGAAAAGGACAGCAUGGCUUUAAAUCAGAAUCAGCCUCCCAAAAACAAACCUCAAAACCUCACUGUGGUCGCCAUGGAGGGUUGCCACUCCUUCAUCAUUCUGGACUGGGCCCGGCCUCUGAAAGAUGAUAUGGUGUCAGGCUACAUGGUCCAUAGUGCAUCAUAUGAUGAUGUCCUUAACAACAGGUGGUCCACCAGAGCUUCCAGUGGGACACAUCUGCCUGUGGAGAAUCUCAAACCCAAUUCCAGGUACUACUUCAAAGUUCAGGCCAAGAAUGUGUUUGGUUUGGGACCGUUCAGUGAGACACUCACCUAUGUAACUGAGUCAGAUGAUCCGUUCCUUAUUGAAAGGCCACCUGGUGGAGAACCAAUCUGGAUCCCGUUCACCUUCAAGUACAACCCGAUCCACAGCAGCUGUAAAGGCAGCCAGUAUGUGAAGCGGACCUGGUACAGGAAGUUUGUGGGAGUCGUUCUGUGUAAUUCGCUACGCUAUAAGAUCUUUAUGGGAGACGGUCUGAGAGAACCCUUUUACAGUAUAGGUGAUUCACUCGGUCAGGGUGAAGACCACUGCCAGUUCGUGGACUCCUACAGGGAUGGAAGAACCGGCCCGGUUGACUUUUCGAAUAAUCUCCCCUCAGCACAGGGAUAUUACCGUGCUUACAGACAGGAGCCCGUUACAUUUGGAGUUGUUGGUCGACGUACAGCCUAUCCCUUUGUAGGCUGGUAUGAAUGUGGAGUACCCAUCCCUGGGAAGUGGUAACUUGGAAGGGAACAGCUCCGCUUCCUGCUGCAGGCUCUCACCUGUUAGUUUCCUUUUAAAAACAGACUUUUGCCAGCAAGCACAAAAAGACACCACUACAACUUUAUUACAGCUUUACACAAAGAGAACAUAGUACUUUUUAACAGCUAAAUGUAUAAUUAUGAUGCACUUUUUAUAUAAAGCAUUCUGUAUAUGAGGGGAACAAAAAGAAGCUUGUAUGCUUUUGCUUUGCUUAGGUGUCCUUAUAUUAUUUCCAGAGUCAGGUCCUUACCCAGUGUUAUUUAUCUCAUCAGUAAUGGACACACAUUCGAUCGGUCCAGUCACACUGGACCAACGUACAAGCUGUAAAGCAAACUGUACAAAUAAGUGCUUAAGAUGUGUAUAGCUCUGUUCUUGUUUCACUUGUAUAACAGCUCUUGACAGCUACUUGUUUGUCUACUUGUGUUCUGAUAUGAUAAACAUUUAUUUUGUUUGUUUUAAUGUCUUCCAGAGUUCAUUCAAAGUUAAUGUGUGAGGGUUUUUAUGUAUGCGAACAAAAAUAGAAUACCAAAUAUUUGCUCAGGAAAUAUGAAUAAAGGUGCUAUGAAAACAACA